UGCUCAAGUAGAUACCUCAGAGACGAAGCAAGCAUCGCCGCACUCGACCCUGUGAGCAAGUCAGUACACGCCUUUAGCACUUAUCAGCGGAUAAACCCUCUGCACAUCUGGAAAGAUGGACGGACGUACGGUCGGCGUGCUCGGCGCAGGCCAGCUGGGCCGCAUGUUCGUUGAAGCGGCCUCUCGCUUGAACGUCAAGGUCCUUCUGCUCGACUCGGGCACCGUGUCCCCCGCCAAGCAGAUCAACUACCAACCACAUGAUCCCUCCUCUAGCACCAGCAUCUCCCAGCACGUCGACGGCUCCUUUAGCGACCCGGACAAGAUCAUCGAGCUUGCCAAGCGCGUCGACGUGCUCACUGUCGAAAUAGAGCAUGUCGAUGCGAUGCAGCUCCAGCGCGUGCUCGAUCAGGGACUUGUCAAGGCCGUCCACCCGCUGCCUUCGACCAUCCUCGUCAUCCAGGACAAGUACGAGCAGAAGAUCCACCUUCAGUUGCAUAACAUUCCCGUGGCAGACUUUUUGCCAAUCGAUGACUCGCUCGCCGCAAGCGUCCAAACGGCUGCUGAGCAUUUUGGGUAUCCGCUGAUGCUCAAGUCUCGCACACAAGCAUACGACGGAAAGGGAAAUUACGUUGUCAAGUCUGAAGGUGAUAUUUCUGCAGCAGUGCAAGCUUUAGGGGGCGGAAAGCGUAAGCUCUAUGCUGAGCGCUGGGCCCCCUUCGUCAAGGAGGUGGCCGUCAUGGUCGUUCGCAGUGCGUCGGGCAUCGUCCGCUCCUACCCGGCCGUGGAGACGAUCCACAAGGACAACAUCUGCCACACUGUUUUUGCGCCUCUUCGGCACAGCGACGCCAAUGUGCCUGAGCAAGCACGCGCGAUCGCUGAAAUGGCUGUUGCAACUUUCGGCGGAGCAGGCAUCUUCGGUGUCGAGAUGUUCCUGAUGCCCGACGGCGCGCUGAUCAUCAACGAAAUCGCACCGCGGCCGCACAACAGCGGACAUUACACGAUCGAGGCGUGCGAGACGAGCCAGUACGAGAACCACCUGCGCGCAAUCCUCGACCUGCCGCUCGGCAGCACUGCGCUAAAGGUGCCGAGCGCGGCCAUGCUCAACCUGCUUGGCCUCGCGGACCUUGAAAAGGACGCAGAGGCUCUGAAAAAGACCUACCUCCCUGCGCAUGUCAGCUUGGGGAUACCUGGCGCGACGACACACCUGUACGGCAAGGCUGGCUGCAGGAAGGGGCGCAAAAUGGGCCAUAUCACCAUCGUAGGGCAGAGCGAUGCCGAAGUGGCACAGAGGCUCUUGCCGCUGCAGCGAUCGCUCGACUUUGCGACGCAGGCCGUAGAGAGCAACAGGCCUCUUCCGUCUGAUGCAGUAGCGCGCUUUUCUCUUUCCUCAACACCAGGACCCGCCACGAGCAAAUCCGCUGCGGACUUCAAACACGCGCACCCGCUAGUCGGUAUCAUCAUGGGCUCCGACAGCGACCUGCCCGUGAUGCUGCCGGCCGCAGAGAUCUUGAAGAAGUUCAACGUACCGUUCGAACUGACAAUCGUCUCUGCGCACCGAACGCCGGAUCGCAUGCGCGAAUACGCCCGCAGCGCUCCGGCUCGCGGGCUUAGGGUCGUUAUUGCUGGUGCCGGAGGCGCGGCGCACCUGCCUGGCAUGGUCGCAGCGCAGACGGCGCUACCGGUCAUCGGCGUGCCGGUCAAGGGAAGCACGCUGGAUGGCGUCGAUUCACUGCAUAGCAUUGUGCAGAUGCCCCGCGGCAUUCCAGUUGCGACUGUGGCAAUCAACAACAGUACCAACGCGGCGCUCCUUGCAAUCCGGAUUCUCGCUGCUUCGGAUCCAAAGUACUUGGCUGCCAUGCAGCAGUACAUGGACGACAUGGAGAACGAGGUGCUGGUUAAAGUCGAAAAGCUCAGUGAGCUUGGUUGGGACUAUCUGAGCAGGAAGUGAAUUUUCACAAAGAGAAUGUAGUGUGUUCAAUAGAAUUCACGUGAAGAGAGAGGUU